CGUCCACCGUGCUUCUAGUACUGUGGACGAGCCUUCUAGCGUCGUGCGACUCGCGUCUUUGAACCCCUUUUCUAUAUCUUUUGCCCAUCCCCCUUUACUGCUCUCUGCAGGAUUAUUCUUAGUGUCGGAUUAAGCUCCAUGUGUGAUUGAGAUCCCGCCUAUCUGCAAUUGCAUCAUGGAGCCGACCGUUUUUACCGAAGACGACGAAUCUCGGUACCGCAGUGAGGUUCUCCUCUUGUCCUCCGAGGAAUCGGAGACGGCGCAGGAACAGAAACUUGUAGACGAUGCCCGCCAGCUAGGUCUGAAGGUGCCGGAAGUCGAGGUGGUGGCAUCGCUGGCCGCGUCCAUUGCCUCGGGAAUGGUGGACCUGUCCUCCCCGACCAUAUCCUCCGGCUCCUCUACCGAUCGCAACUCGACGCACGAAGUCACCACCCCGUCCCUCGAGAUCCCGCCGCCCAUCGAUCAGCUCGCCUCAUCUCUCUCUGCAUUUACCGUGGCCUCCGAGCCGGUCCAGGGUGGCAGUACCCGAUCGCUCGCCUCAUUGUCCACUCGGCCGACAUCCUAUAGCUCAUGUGAGGGAAGGUUGGGCCGCGGGAUUGACAGUCUUGCGGUUCGGACACCAGGGAAUCGGGCGUCGAUGUUCAGCGUCGCCUCGGCGGACAAAAGGGAACGACGAAAAUCAGCGCUCAAGUCGGCAAUCGGGAAGAUCCAUUUCAGAAAGAAGCGGUCGCCUUCUUCCGUUUUGCUUCCGCCCGCCGCGCAGAUCACUGUCGCCAAGAACGAGAAGGGCGUUGAACGAGUAUACGUGGAGUCGAGGCCAUUAGAAUCGCAGAACCCCGAUUCCCCGGUAGAGAACCAGGUCUUGCGGCUGGAGAUUCCCGUCUUUGACAAUGAGUCGCUACAGCGAAGCCUGGAUGAUACACAAUUGCGCCAAAUGCGCGAGGCUCAUGUGGCAGAAAGGAACAGGCACAAUGAUUUCCAGGAUGCAUUUAUGGCACAAUUACGGCGGCGCCAGCAAUCCAUCGUCGCCGACCAACUAGCGGAGAACAAACGGCUCGAAGUGAAGAAACGCGAAAAGAAUACUACCGAUGCGGCUCGGAUGGAGGAGCGGCAGCUGACGGUGGAGAUGGAGCAAAUGCGAGAAUUCGAACGGGCCAAGUUAAACUCGCGCACACGCAUCAAAUACAUGGAAGGGUACUUUAACAACACGAGUCCACCGCCAUCCCCUGUCAGCUCGGCUGUGGACACACCCAGUCGCAAGUAUACGGCGCAACACAAGGCUCAGUUGGCGCAGGAAUAUCACGACCACAACUCGAUGGAUCAGCUGCAUCAGGCCAAGAUCAAAGUGCUGCGUGAGCGGCAGGAACUGCGCCUGCAGGAGGCGAUCGCGCGAAUGGAACGGGAGUUAGACGAUCUGAUCGACAAACAUGCGUUGGAAUUCGCCCAGAUGCAAGAAAAGCAUCAGCAAGAAGAAGGAGAAAUCCUCCAAGCCUUUGACGCGAAAAAGUCCAAAUUACGACAUCGGUGGACCCUAGAAGAGGCCAUCCUGCGCAAGAAACUGGAGGGUGAACACGGGCAAACCUAUGGGCCGCUGCCCCCUCUGUCGUUCAGCGACUCGCACUACGACACGCGUGACUCGGCCAUUUGCGUGGCCGACGCUGAAGCUGGCAGCGGGGAUGAGGGACCGGCGCACCCAAAGAGAGGGGGACAGGUGCUUUGAUUACGAUGUGAUGCCUAAGUGAUACCCUUUCUUUUUGGUCAUCAUGCAUAUAUGCAUUUACACUAAUGUCUCAUACUCUAUACUUUGUAAUUAUCUUCACUUACAUCCUUCUGCGAAGCUGUUCAGCGAGCAUC